AUGGUUUGGUCUAAAGUAAUCACACGCCGUUGUUUAUUGGAGUCACCAUUGGGUGUUCUUUUCUUCCGUGAAUCUUCUUCCACUUGGAAGGGCUUCCGGGAGGGGUUCUUUCUGGACCUCCUUUGCUCCCUCUUUCACGAACCGACGGCCGAUCGGUUCUUUCUGGUCAGGCGGGAGGAGUUGAAAGCUACAGCAGAUCGGCGCAAGCCAACACAGGAACGAUCUGCCAUCAUCGGGCACAAGAGCACCACAGGUGGAGUGGGAGACAUUGCUGCACGAUUGGCAGAAAUGUUUCCUGCCCUUCCAGCUGAUACCGUCCAGGGCGCCGUCUCCCAGCUCUUCCGCAGCAAUGCCGAGUGUUCGCGGCAGCAAUUGGCAGACAUGUCAUUAGCUGCGCUGCUGGAAAUGUCGAGCACCGGACCCCAGGCCGUGACCAGCUUUGAGCCAGUGUGCACAUCGGAUUGUGUGGAAAACGAAGCGGAGGCCAACCGACAGGUGGUCAUAGAGGAAGCACAUGAGGAGGCUGAUGACAUUUUGGAUGGCUUGCUGGCAGAUCUCUUCGGCCUCCCUGACGAUGAGAUGAAAGUCUGUGUCAAGACCUUGUGUGGCAUUCUGUCACGUGUUGUUGAGCAACCGUCUGAGCCAAAGUUCAGACAGUUGCGGAAGAGCAACGCACGAUUUGCAGCAGAGGUGGGCUGCCACCCCCAAGCGCUUGCCUUGAUGUCUUACGCCGGUUUUGAAGAAGAUGCUGAGGCGACGAUGAUCUUCAAAGGAGAUCCGACUCGUGAGCCCUUCAAGCGAGUUCAUGAGGCUCUGCAAGAAGCUGGGGAGACCUUGUCUCCCAAAGCCGCUGAGGCCACUAGCAGUAAGCCUGCUCGUGCUGCUCCUCAAGUUGCAAGUGGCGGCUAUCCUGCUCCAGCUUGCAGGAGAGAUGCCAGACGGCAGCACAUUGCAGCCCUCACUGAGAUGCGCCUCAAGGACCCGCGUGGCUUCCAAGAAGCACGGAGAAGCUCCCGCGGCAACCGUGGCGUGGGUGGUACGUUGGCAAGGCCAAGUACUGCCUCUCCAGCUGCCCCUUCCCGAAGAGCUCAGCACUUCACCCUGAGCGAUUUGGAGAAGAUGCGAGUGCAGGAGGAAAUUGCUGGGAUGCCCAGCUAUGCGGAUGAGUACCGGCUUUCGCAUCAGUCAGCACCAGCAACGAACUAUUCCACGCUGGUCGCACGGAGCUAUGACCCGGAACUCAUCGCCCGACAGGCGCUUGAUGGUACCAAUCGCUACCGUGCAUCAAAGGGACUUCCUCCACUGCGAUGGAACGACGGAAUUGCCCGGAUCGCCCGAGAUCAUGCUGAGCAAAUGGCCUCCGGUGCCGCUCCCUUCAGCCAUGAUGGAGUAGAUCAACGAUUUCGUGCAUAUCCAGUGGCACAUCAAUCUGCAGCAGAGAAUUUGGCACUCAACAAUGGCAUCGCCGAUGUUGCUGGAGCUGCUGUGAAUGGUUGGAUCAAUUCUCCGGGACAUGAAAGGAAUCUGAGCGGCCGUUUCAACCUUUGUGGCAUUGGUGCGGCUCGUGCAUCCAAUGGUACGUUUUACCUGACACAGCUCUUUGCAGCUACCUGA